ACGUGCAAAAAUUCUUCUCAACAAUUUUCAGAGCAGACCGGAUCGCGUGGACCAAUUGUGAAAUUUUCUAAUCAUUCGGCCAUUUUGUCCGUACAGUAAGAAAAUGGUAAAAUCGAUCUUUCGAUUGAAUUACUGUAAAUAUGAAUAGAGAGAGAGAGAGAGAGAGGAAAAAAAAAAAGAACGACAAGAAAUUCAUCUAUCCGCGGCUAUCUGCCAAUAUAAGCCUUUCUCUCGUCGUAUGGUAAUACCUACGUAUACGUACGCGUGCACAUAGGUAUCGUGUACGUAUACAGAGUCGGUUGGUUCGUUCGUUCGUUCGUUCGUUCGGUUGAGUUAGUUGGAAAACGUUCGUUCUUUUGCCGCGCUGCGGAGAGCCGAAGGCAUAUAAUUUUCUCGGUGUUUUUAUUGCAGGGUAACUUGUCUUCAGGUGAGCUGGUCCGGUCUCCCGGCGAAGAGGGGGAGGGAAAAGAGGGCGGCUGAACGGAGAGGGAAGAAUCGGGGGAGCGUGGGCAAGGGGGAGGGAAAAGGCAGUCAGUCCGGUGUUGUGGCUCCGUUCGAAGCUAACCAACCAACCAACCUAAAGGCACGGCGACGCGGUGCAACGCAACGCGCAAGAUUUUGCGCGCGAAAAUCCUGCGAAGAAAGCUUAUUUGCAUCUAUGGACAAAUCACCGUUCGAAGAUCCACCCUACGCUAGACCGAAGAGAAGAUCGUUGAAGAAGCUGUGAUUUAGUCCAAAAAUAAAAAAAAGAAGAAUUGAAUAAAAUAAUAUAUAUACAUAACAAUUUUGAUAACAUUAAUCUAUUCGUGAAUAAUCUCCGAAAGGCGAUUAUGAGAGAACAAAAUUUUUACGAUUUGUUUUCUCCGUCGAAUGAUAAGUAAAGUAAUAAAAUAGUGCGCCGAAUAAAACUGUUGACGUUAAAAGAGAAAAUAAGUAACGAGAAAAGUGAUCUUAUAACUCUGGACAUCUGCGGUACAACGAGAGACUAAAACAAAACAAAAGAACCGAAAUAUCCAAAACCAAGUGCGGGCUCUGCAAGAGAAGAACUAUUUUUUUUCUCAAUCGUUCGGAGGCGCGCGAAUUAUUUGCCGUACGUGAAAUCGUUGUUUGGUUUUUUAUUCUUCUGAACAGAAGUAAAUAGACUUCGUAAACAGUACAGCGUGAAAACCAAAAACCAAAAUAGACGAAAGAAAGUUUAUCUAUUGAAGAAGAGAAAAAUCAAGACCACAACGUCUUGAACGUCGUCGAAGAUGGCGAUACCUUUCGCUCUUCCUACCGAAGACGAAGCGGAGGCGCAAGAAAGACGCCUUCAGGGUCUCCUCUUGGACGUUUACGGUAUCCUGCAACAGGUCAUCAGGAUGAGAAGCUACCAAAAUCCAUCUCAAAAUCAUCGAGUUCACCGUCGCUCCGGAGACGCUCCCGUAUCGCGGGAUCACCCGUUGGUCCUAGUCGAUUCGGAUUUGUCACGUCUGCCGCUUCCCGAUCUGGUUUCUUCCGCCAUCGAGCAACUACCCCCGCCGAUGCCACAGGUCACGGCGUCGGCACCGAGCAGUCCGACGCGGGACGUCGCCUUUCAAUUCCCGGAAUUCAACCCCCAGGUACCGACACCGAGUCCGAGACCGCGUCCCCGGAGACGGCUGGUAUCCGAAAAUUCGGCCCUAAAAAAAGAACAACCCGGUACCAGCUACUCCUCCAUACAUCACAGUUCGCAAAACUGCUGCAGCUCGACAUCGAACGAGGAAAACGAGUGGGCCAGCGUCGGCGCUAAUCUGAGGAACAUCGCCGACGAUUUUCACGCAUCCAAAAACAAGGACGAUUCGGACGCGGAGAAAUCGAGUCUUCCGGUAAUCGGUACGGGAGAUUCACCAGCGGAUAGUUUCCUGUCGUUGUUGAUCGACGCUCCUGUACGUGAAACUCUGUGGACCACGGUAGCGUUGUACCUCGGCUGGCGGUUGGUUUCUCACCUUCGAUAGAAAGAACGAAAAUGAAAGAACAAUCAGGUAAAACAAAAUGAUAAUGCGAAAGCGAAAGCGAGAGGGAGAGAGAGCGAGAGAGAGAGAGAGAGAGAAAUAAAUGAGUAACUGGAACCGCAAACGAAACCUGCGACGAAAUUCGGGAAAAAAUACUUUUUUUUUUUUUGCGUCAAACGUUCUCCGGUAUCCGGGACUGCGGCCGACUUCGAUUUGUCGAUACGAGGAAAACCAAAAAAAAAUACGGACGAAGAUGACGAGAGGAGUGUAGGAAUGGCGGAAGAGAAGCUGUAGAAAUUACGGGAAUCGGAACACUGUGACGUCGGAGUUUCGUUGAUUUUUUUUUCUUCUGCUCCGCGCGUUCCUAAAGAGAAAUAUAGUACGUGUUUGUGUGGAAUCGUUAUCAGCAGCUGCAGAUUCCUCGUCCUUAAGGAUAUUCGGUUAUCGACGAAAACGACGGAUAAAAAAAAGAAGAAGAACAGGAAGAGGGAAGAGGAAGUUCAAUAUAACAAAACAACGAUGAGAGUAAAAAAAUAUACACACGAUAAAUAAUAACGAAUAAUUUAAUCGUAAACAAUAGUAGCCAGCCUUGCGGGUCAGUUGCACGCUAAUUUUUCACGGUGUGCUUCGGAAAGUUUUGUGCUGCUAAAAAUUAUGUAUAUUGAAUUUAUAAUGACGAAUAUAAUGAUUAUGACAUCAUUGAAAAAGGUCAUUAAUUGAAUAUUAUUGAUUUACGUCUAAUAGAAGAUAAGGGCACAAUCGCGUAUUAUCUGCCAUUUUAUACUUUUUUUCUUUUUCAUAAACUCUUUUUGAAUUUUUUUUCUUUUUCCAAUCUUUUCUACUUAUUAAUCAUCAUUACAUUAUUAUUCGUAUUCACGUAUACAUAAAUAUAUAUACAAGCAAACGAACGAAUAAAUAAAUUAAUACAUAGGUAUAUAUUAAAUAUAUAUAUACGUAUAUAUGUAUAGGCGUAUUGUAUGAUAUUUAAUAAACGAAUUAGGGAACAUCGACAAAAAUUAGUCGAGAAAAUAUUUAAUUUAAUCCGAGGGAUAAUUCUCAUUUUCCUCUUACUUUCUCAUUUUCAUCGUUCUCGCCUGCUCUUGAUCUUUGUUUCAUUUCAAUCCUUUGAUUUCUUUGCUCUUCUACGUGUUUCUCGUAAUUGAUAAUACAAUUAUUAUUCAAUCACCGCCAUCUUUGUAUAUUUCAUCUGUCUAUACAUGCAUAUUUGUGUAUAUCUCUGAAUUUCUGAAAAUUGAAAAAAAUAAAAUAAAAGAAGUUGGAAAAAUAACGAAGAAACUUAUUUUUAAUUUUUCAAAAGUUUUUUCUUCAAUUCGUUUAUUAAAAUGAUAACAAUCAUAACAUUUAUACAUUAAUAACAAUAAUGGCAAGAUCCAAAGAGGACUAAGCUAAUAAUCAAACGAUGAUCUCAUUAUGAAUAUCUCAAUAUAUUAUACAUAAAAUAAAUAGAUAUAAACAUAUAGUAUAAUUAAAAUAUUGAAUAUUUCUAUUUUGACUUUCAUUAUUAUUAUUAUUAUUAUUAUUAUUAUUAUUAUUAUUAUUACUAUGCCAAUUAAGAAAACAUUAAAGAGCCAAUUUGAUAUUGAGUUGAUACGCAUUCGUGUUGAUGGAUUUUUUUUUUUCUCCGAUUGAAUUUUUUUCAAUUUAUUUCAAUUUUUCAUUUGAAAUCGAUUAAUAAUUAUACACGUGUCACGUUCGAGUAUCAUAAUUUUUCUCUCUUUGUGAGUAUACAGAAUGUUCUUGGAUUGUGAGCUAGAAAUUUAUUUUUUAGUGAAUAAUUUAACCGAUAAUUUUAAAGUUCGAAUAAUAUUACACAGUACACGUUAUUUCCAAUACAUAAUAAUAGAUACUCGUGAUAAAUACAC